UGGACGCCUCGGCAUUCUCUCAUCCGCCGUUCGAUUCACAUUUAAUAACAAUGCAGCCCACCCAAACUCAUGCUGCUCCCGUUCGUAAAAAGCCCUCGCGCCCAUUCGUUUCAUCCCACCACCGCCCUGCAGACGAGGUAGACGAUGGCAUCUUUCGUGUCGUUUUGAUCACCAGUGGUAGCGUAGCAAGCAUCAAAGCACCCGAUAUCGUUGGGGCUUUGGUCAAGUCACCGAAUAUUGACGUGCAAGUGGUUGCGACCAAAGCUUCCACAUACUUUUACAGCCAAGAAGAUGUAGACAAUUCUGUGAGAUCAGCUCUAAACCUACCUGACGAACAAAUUGGAGAGCAUUUCGGUGUGAGAGUCUGGACAGAUGAAGAUGAAUGGUCCGAUUGGAAGCAUGUAGGAGAACCUAUAUUACACAUCGAAUUGCGUCGAUGGGCAGAUUUGGUUGUGAUUGCACCCUGCUCAGCAGACCUGCUGGCCAAGAUCGCCGGCGGAAUUUGCGACAGUCUCGCUACUUCUCUUCUCCGCGCACUGAGCCCAUCAACGCCGGUAAUCGUGUGCCCCGCUAUGAACACGCACAUGUAUCAGCAUCGGCUAACUACUCGGCACCUCGCGGUCGUGCAAGAGGACUUGGAGUACCUUGUCUCUGGACCACAGGGGGCUGGGAGGCUUGCCUGCGGUGAUGACGGCCCUGGAAAAAUGACAGACUGGCGAGACAUAGUGUCUCUGAUCGAAGGGUUCGCUACAAUGCACCAGGGCCGUCGAGCUGUGCAUCAUUCUGGUCAUUCUCUUGACAGGUCCUCCGAUCUUCCUCUCCCGCCUUUCACAGAGGCGCCUCCAACGCCGGGAAGACCUCCCAAAUUAUCGUCUCCUGUAGAAUCGUCUAGCGUAUCAAUGCAAGGUGGUUCACCUGCGAAAGGCCCCUCGGAUGACGUUUUGACUGGCAUAGCAGAUUGGAGGUCAAUGACGAACGAGCUAGGCGGAGAUGGAACAGCAUGGAACAGAAAGUGGUGGUUGGGUUGACUGCGUGCUUCCGUUUGAGACGGAAUCAAUGCAUUGAUAAAGUUUUUAUCAAGUCUAAUAUAAUAUAGCAUUAUCAAAUCUACAUCGGAGCGAUGUUGGAGCCUAAAGGUUGUUGUGGUUGCUCCGCAGGUAUAAGAGGCGUCUCUGGUCGGAACCCUUUAGGACAGAUCCAUCCAGCCACAAUUUUAGCAACCAGCUCAGAGUGCUCCCGCGCUGAUUAUCCAUAUUAACCUCACGUCCAGAGCUAUCGUCUUCAACUUCAGUACUUACUAAGGCAGAAUGCGUGAGGAACCCCGUCCAAGAUUUUUACUCUUUCGCUACUUUCGCCCCCUAAGCACUCUUGGACCAACGGGCCGUCUUUACCAACCCAACCGUCACCAUUUCCCCCCGUCCAGACCCCAAACAACCCCUCACGUUCUUCUGUUUGAUCUGUGCCCUGCGUCUUGAACCAGUCGGUAUCAAGUCCCUUUAUUUGGCGCAUUUCAUCGGAAGAUAACGAUAGGACAUCUUUGAGUACAGGGGGAGAAAGAAGGAGGGAUUGACUUGUCUCUGGAAGGUUGACGAGUGAGAAGAGGGGACGUAAAAGCGGGGAAAGGUAGGGUAAAAUCGGUUUGAUUGGGCG